AUGCUGACAACAGGAGUUUAUGCAGGCCAUACACAUUAUUUUUCUUUUGGACAGGCCAACAUAUGGAAUGUUGUUUACUUGGAUUAUAGUUUGCUUUCUUUCUGCUUCCAGACCAUAAUUUUCUUUCUUUCCACUUCCAGAUCAUACUUUGCUGUCUUUCUGCUUCCAGAUCAUAAUUUGCUUUCUUUCCACUUCCAGAUCAUAAUCAUAGUUUGCUUUUUUUCUGCUUCCAGAUCAGAAUUUGCUUUCUUCCCCCUUCCAGAUCAUAAUUUGCUUUCUUUCCUCUUCCAGAUCAUUGUUUGCUUUCUUUUCAUUUCUAAAUCAUUGUUUACUUUCCUUUCACUUCCAGAUCAUAUUUGUCUGUCUGUCUGUUGCUCUGUGUCUGUUGCUCUGUAUCUGUCUGUCUGUCUGUUUACCUGUUGCUUUGUGUUUGCCUGUCUGGCUGUCUGUUGCUCUGUGUCUGUCUGUCUGCCUGUCAGUCUGUUGCUCUGUGUCUGUCUGUCUGCCUGUCUGUUUGUCUGUUGCUCUGUGUCUGUCUGUCUGUCUACCUGUUGCUUUAUGUCUGUCUGUCUGCCUGUCUGUUGCUCUGUAUCUGUCUGUCUGUCUGCCUGUCAAUCUGUUGCUCUGUGUCUGUUUAUCUGUCUGCCUGCAUGUUGCUCUGUGUCUGUCUGUCUGCCUGUCUGUUUGUCUGUUGCUCUGUGUCUGUCUGUCUGUCUACCUGUUGCUUUGUGUCGGUCUGUCGGUCUGUCUGCCUGUCUGUCUGCCUGUUGCUCUCCAUCUGUCUGUCUACCAGUUGCUUUGUGUCUGUCUGUCUGCCUGCAUGUUGCUCUGUAUCUGUCUGUCUGCCUGUCUGCCUGUCUGUUGCUCUGUGUCUGUCUGUCUGUCUACCUGUUGCUUUGUGUCAGUCUGUCUACCUGUCUGCCUGUCUGUCUGCCUGUUGCUCUCUGUUUGUCUACCAGUUGCUUCGUGUCUGUCUGUCUGCCUGUCUGUUGCUCUGUGCCUGUCUGCCUGUCUGUUGCUCUGUAUCUGUCUGCCUGUCUCUCUGUGUCUGUCUGUUACUCUUUCUCUCCCUCUGUCUUUUAUUCUCAUUCUCUGUCUUAG